CGCAUCGCUCGGUAGACAGCAUGCGGCAAACGGCAUUAACAGCAUCACAAUGAGGUGCGCAAUCGUUCUACUGGCUCUGGCAGCUUUUGGUGCAGCUCUACCCCAACAGCAGCAGAAACAACAUGCUGCUAAUCAAGAUCUUUUGAAGAAGCAACAAGACUGCAUACUGUUGCUGCAACAGAUUACCCAAGAAAUCCCAAAUGAGCAGCUGCAUAAUCUUGGUACUACCUACGACAUCCAAAACAACUAUCAACAAUAUGAGAAUCCAAUCCUCGUCAGAUAUUAUGUAGGCGCUGUACAAGCCGGUUUGGUUCAGCCAAAAGGCACCGCUUAUUCAAGUUCUAUCAGUCAGCUUCGUAAAGAAGUUUCUUUCCUGCAUAAAAUCUUAUUAAGCGCCAAGAAUUACCAGACAUUCUUAGCAACCGCUGCAUGGGCCCGUGUCCAUGUUAAUGAAGAACAAUUCAUCAAGGCUUUCAUUGGAGCCGUUCUUCUGCAUCCAGAGACGCAAGGUAUCAUCCUGCCGCCUCUGUACGAAAUCAUUCCCCAUUACUAUUUUGAUGCUAGGAUCAUCCAAGAAGCUCAGAAUAUUGUUGCACAAGGUGUUGGUUAUAAUCAAGUUGUAUUACCUGUUAACUAUUCCGCCCUCUUGUCCGAUAGUGAACAACAACUUUCCUACUUCUCGCAAGAUGUCGGCCUUGCUAACUACUACAGUUAUGUAAAUCUUGCUGGAUACUUGUUGGAGCAUCACGGACAGCAAACGCCUAGACCUUAUCAACAACAAGGCAUCCAGAAUCAAGAAGGUCAUAUUGGUCAGGGAUCUAUUUAUUAUUAUCUUCACCAACAACUGCUGGCUCAUUACGAACUAAAUCGUCUCUCAAAUGGAUUGGGUCCAAUCCAUGAUACCGAUUAUGUCAACGUACAAGCGCCGUAUCAGCCACACAUCCGUUAUCUAAAUGGACUUGAAUUCCCUGGACGUCCUCAAAAUCUGCAUCUCAGCCCCUACAGGAAUCAUCUUAUCCAAACUGUCAGGAAGAUUGAACAAAGAUUGUGGGAAGCUAUUGACUCUGGACAUGUUAUCACUCCACAAGGCGCCUUUCUCUCGCUUUAUCAGCCGCAAGGUUUAAACAUUCUUGGAGAAAUCAUUCAAGGAACUGGCAGAAGCAUUAACCCCAGGUAUUACGGUAGUCUUCAAGCCGCUGCGCGUCAACUUCUCGGCAACGCUCCCGAAGUUCAGAAUAUCUAUGAUUAUACUCCUUCUGUUCUCGAAUUGGGAAAUGUUGCUGUUCGUGAUCCAGCUUUCUAUCAACUCUUCAAAAAAGUUAUCCACUUAUUCAAGCAUUAUCAGAACUCUUUGCCAGCGUACCAGUACAACGAUGUAUAUUUACCUGGUGUUAGUAUCCAGAACGUUCAAAUCAGUCCACUGGUUACUCUCUUCAACAACUACUAUGUCGAUCUCGAUGGAGCUACUGCGCAACCAAAUGUUCAACAACAACAACAACAACAAGAGCAGCAGCAGCAGCAGCAGCAGCAGCAGCAGCAGCAACCGCAACAACAACAGCAACAUCAACAGCAACAACUACAGCAACAACUACAGCAACAACUACAGCAACAACAACAGCAACAACUACAGCAACAACAACAGCAACAACAACAGCAACAACAACAGCAACAGCAGCAACAACAGCAACAACAGCAACAACACAUCAAGGCUCAAGUGAAGAGAUUAGACCAUAAACCAUAUGAGUAUCAAGUUACUGUCCAGAGCGAGCGGAACAUUCCUGGUGCCGUUGUUCGCGUCUACUUGGGACCAAAAUAUGACUACUAUGGCAAACCAAUCAGCAUCUCUCAACACAGACACCAAUUCGUAGAACUCGACCAAUUCACAACUGACCUUCAACAAGGACAGAAUGUGAUUGUUAGACAAUCGCAACAAGCACCAGGUUACAGCUUCGACUAUCCGUCUGUUCAGGAAAUCAAGAAGGGUGUCAACAACGCUGUUAAUGCUCAAGAACCGUAUUAUAUCACCGAGCCACACCAGAUCUUCGGUUUCCCAGCUAGACUGGCUCUUCCUAAGGGUCAAUAUGGUCAAGGAUUCCCAGUUCAAUUGUUAGUUGUGAUUUCUCAGCCAGGACAACAAAACGUAGGAUAUGGACCGGUUGUUCCGGAACAGUAUCAGACUUAUCAACAUUAUCAAGUAAUUGGUACUGAAGACUACCAGCAAAUCCAACAUCAAGGCAAAGUAGUCGGUGUGCAAGAAAGUGUAGAAGUUGUACCAGAAAGUCUGCCAAUUAGUCAGCAAGAAAAUCAAGUUGUAAGGAACUCUUACGCUAACCUGUAUACUCAACAUCAUGGACAGUACCCGUAUACUCACUCCCACUAUCAAGUAGGUCAAGGACAGGUCUAUGGACAAAACGUCUACGGUGUGCAUGAACAGUACUAUGGACAUCAAGGACAACAGGUACAACAGGGACAACGGGGACAACAGGUACAACAGGGACAACAGGGACAACAGGUACAACAGGGACAACAGGGACAACAGGUACAACAGGGACAACAAGAACAUCACGGACAAUAUCAAGGACAGCAGCAUUGGAGUCAAGGUGUCUAUCAUGGACAGCAUCAGCAGCAACAGUACCAACACGGCCAAAGCACGAUAAGAGUCCAAGGCGGCGUACCAACUGGUGUAGAUAGUUCGCAGCACGGUAUCCAUGGAGUACAAGGAGUGCAAUCAGACAUGCAAGGUGUCCAAGGUGUACAAUACUCUGGAAUACAUGGAAACCAAGGCGUUCAGUCUGGAAUCCAGGGCAAAUAUCACGUUACUUAUCAAGGACAAAGUCAACAACAGCAGGGACUCGGUGGAGAAUAUAUCGGUAGCGGACAAUACCACGCCGGUGGUUUCCAAAAUAUCUUGAAUCAGGGUCAACAAACACAAGAGGCAUACGUUAGCAAAUAUUAUCAGAAUAAGCACAUCUCUGAAAUCAUCGGUGGCGCUAUCUCUCUCGACGGUAGACCUCUUGGUUACCCAUUGAACAGACCCUUGACGCAAGGUGCCCUUUCCGUGCCUAAUAUUUAUGUUCAGACCGUCUACGUUCAUCAUGAAGGCCAACCCACCAACGAAGUGUACUACAAUCACUAAAAUGUUCCUAUAAAUCAAAUAUAAUUGAUGUAUAACAUCGUUAGAUAUAACGAUGCUCGACCGAAAGUUAUUUUUUGUUUAAUGACACAAAAAAACUCAAUUUAUUGUAGCAAAUGCAAUAAAAAAUUGCCC